AUAUAUACCUCUGCAACCCUCACCUUCCCUCCACAACAAACACAACCUUCCCAUAUUUUCUUCUACCAUAGUUUGGCGUGUCAACAUAAUGGCUUCAGCCACUCUCUUCUUCCAACUCAUGCUAAUUGUCUCUCUCUUCCAUUUCUCAUUGGCUGCUAGGAGACUAACCGAGCAGGUACAGGAGCAGGCUCAGCUCCUGCAGUACCACAAUGGCCCUCUUCUCUCUGGCGAAAUCUCAGUAAACCUCAUCUGGUAUGGCAACUUCAAGCCUUCCCAGCGUGCCAUCAUCUCUGAUUUUGUCUCGUCUCUUUCCACUUCCCCAGCUUUAGAGCAGACAACCCAAUCACAGCCUUCUGUUGCCACCUGGUGGAAAACCACCGAGAAAUACUACCAUUUAGCCUCUCCUAAGAAGCACCCCUCGCUCUCCCUCAAGAUGGGUAAGCAGAUUCUCGACAACUACUCGCUCGGAAAAUCUCUCACCGGCAAGCAAAUCGUAGAAUUAGCAGCAAAAGGAGGCCAAAAGAAUGCCAUCAAUAUAGUGUUGACGGCCUCUGACGUUACCGUCCAAGGGUUCUGCUCGAGCAGGUGCGGAACCCACGGUUCAUCCUGGAGUUCGCAGGUCAAGAGCAAAAGCUACAAGUUCGCAUACAUCUGGGUGGGCAACUCGGAGACUCAGUGUCCCGGUCACUGCGCGUGGCCAUUCCACCAACCCAUCUACGGACCCCAGACCCCUCCCUUGGUGGCACCCAACAACGACGUGGGUAUGGACGGAAUGGUGAUCAACUUGGCCAGCCUCUUUGCCGGAACCGUGACUAACCCCUUUGGAAAUGGGUACUUCCAAGGACGGGCCGAGGCGCCUCUCGAGGUUGCAUCAGCUUGCCCUGGUGUGUACGGGAAGGGGGCAUACCCUGGCUACGCAGGGCAGCUGUUGGUGGAUCCUUCGACCGGCGCCAGCUACAACGCUUACGGUGCCAACGGAAGGAAGUAUCUUCUUCCGGCCUUAUUUGAUCCUUCCACUUCGUCGUGCUCGACACUGGUUUAAGUCUAAAGUCCUUUCGUUAAAUGGCUAAACGAGUAUCAGCUAUUGCUAAUAGUAGAGACAGAGACAGAGUGAUGUAUGUAUUCUUCAUACAUACGUAUGAGCUAUGACAGAUGCAGAGGAGCUUACGAGAGAGUAUGAGAGAUACAGUAAUUCAUUUAUUUAUUUAUUUGUUUUCUCGUUAUCAAAUAAUGGAUGAGCAAACUAGUUUGGUUUGCUUUUCAAAUGAAGUCUCAAAAUGGGGUUUAAACUUUAAAAAGGAACAGCUUAUAUUACCGUCUGGUCAUUGUAGAUUAUGUAUGGCCUUUCCACCAGGUGAUGAGAUUGGAUACAAAUUUCGAAA